AUGGCUUGCUUUCAUAACCCACCAAUUCUUAUCGAUAGCGAACACCACCUUCUCGGCGACCCACAUGGCGAGGGCGGUGCCCAAAAGACUGGUACCGGAUUCACCGUAGGCGAGGAGAACAAGCAGGAUGAGCCUGAGGAGGAGUCCAAGGUGGCAUCCAAGGAGGAAUCCAAGGAAGAGUCCAAGGACGAAUCUAAGGAGGAGCUGUCACAUGACUAG